UGUUGACCUUUUGGCUAAACAGGGAUCAGACUUGAAGGAAUUAUUCCUAUACUUGAGACAAGCCAUUGUUUUCCCUUUGUUGAGCACAUUGUUUGUAAUAUUUUGUCCAUGGAAUCUGCAUUUCAAUCUGGUAUUGCAUCAGCUUCCUUGCAAGUUGUUCUUGAGAAGAUUGCUAAUUUUGCUGUGAGGGAAACCAGCUUGAUUCUGGGAGUUGAUGAUGAACUGAGAAGGCUGCAGAGAACACUCCAAAGAAUUAGAGCUAUUCUGGACAAUGUAGAGAACAAUCAUCUGAGUCUGAUCAACGACAGCAGCAACGAAGCCUGGAAGAUGUGGCUUGUUGAUCUGGAGAAGCUCUCAUAUUGUGCUGAUGACCUACUUGAUGAGAUCUCGCUGGAUAUUUCGAGGGUACAUGCUGACAAUUCAGAUGAUGCUAAUAAUAGCAACCUGGUACGCAGCAACCUCUUGUCAUCUUUUAAAUUGUCAGUGCCCCAUGAGAUAUGUAAGAUAAGGAAAGAACUGGAACAUAUUUCAACUGAAAUGGAUAGUCUUUUCCUAAGUAAGUUAUCUGCAGUGGGAUCUUAUAAGAUGCAUACCCCACUUAAUAAUAACUUUUGUGCUACAAGUUCAUUGGUUGAUGAAGAAUUUGUAGUUGGAAGAGAAAAGGACAAAGAGGAUAUCAUCCAGAUGCUAUUGAUGACUGAAUCCAAUAGGGGCAAUGUAUCUGUGAUUCCUCUAGUGGGUAUGGGAGGGAUUGGCAAGACGACCCUUGCUCAAGUUGUUUACAAUGAUGACCGUAUAUUGAAGAACUUCGAAUACAGAAUAUGGAUUUCUGUGUCUAUCAAUUUUGACCUGAUCCGGAUAAGUAAGUCAGUUGUUGAAUCCCUCACUGGAAAAAAAUGCAAGUUGUCUGACCUAGAUCCCAUUCAGUCUAAACUUCAAAAUCUACUAUUUGGGAGAAAGUUUCUUCUAGUUUUAGAUGAUUACUGGACUGAGAAAUAUGGGGAUUGGGAUGCUUUAUGUUCACCUUUAAGAGUUGGACGCCAAGGAAGCAAAGUUAUUGUAACAACUCGAAGCACUAUAGUGUCAUCAAUUCUUGGUACAAUUCCAGCAUAUAGUGUGCAAAGUUUGAAUGAUGAGGUCUGUUGGGAAUUGGUGAAACAAAGAGCAUUCUCAAGUAAGGAUGAAAGGGAGAAAAUGAAUUUGGAAGAAAUAGGGAGAAAAAUAGCUACGAAAUGCAAAGGACUGCCUUUAGCAGCGAAAUCUCUUGGAGGCAUACUUCGUUUCAGAUCUGAUGAAGAGGGGUGGAAUGCCGUCUUAAACAGUAAGAUGUGGGAGCUUCCGCAGGAUCAAAGUGAAAUUUUUUCUGCUUUAAUACUAAGCUAUCAUUUCCUUCCUACACGUUUGAGAAAAUGUUUUGCAUAUUGCUCCAUUUUCCCCCCAAAUCAUGAGUUUGAAAUGGAAGAGUUGGUCCUGCUGUGGGUGGGAGAAGGGUUCAUCCAACCUAGAGGAGAAAUGAGACUGGAGGACAUUGGUAAUGAUUUUUUCAGUGAAUUAAUCUGGAGGUCCUUCUUUCAAUUUUCACAUGUUAACCUACACAACCAGUCAAUAUACAAAAUGCACGAGCUUAUUCACUGUAUGGCACAAUUAAUUUCUGCAAAUACAUGCUUUCGCCUGGAGGAGGAUAUACAACAUUGGCCUCCAGCAUUUAACAAUGCUCGUCAUUUGUCCCUCUCUCAUGAAAGUGUCCAAUCAGUUGGGCCAAAGGCCUUCACUUGGUUUAGGCAGUUACGAACUUUAAUAAUGUCUACGAAUGAUACCAGUGUCUCACAAGUUCCUUACGAACUAUUUUUGAAACUUCAAUUCUUGAGAGUGUUGAACUUGAGCCAUAUGGGCAUUGAUGAACUUCCUAGUUCCAUUGAUCGCUUGAAACAUCUUCGCUACCUUAACCUUUCUGAAAACCACAUCCAAAAGCUGCCUGAACCAACUUCAAACCUUUUAGCUUUACAAACCCUCAAGCUCAAAAGUUGCUUUGAGUUUUUUGAACUUCCAACAAACAUGAAGAAUCUGACUAACCUUCGACAUCUUGACUUGGAUGUAAAGCAUCAGUUAAACUACAUGCCAUCAGGUUUUGGAAAUUUAGUCAACCUCCAAACACUUAGUGCAUUUAUUGUGGGGAGAGCAAGAGGCUGUGGUAUCAUAGAGUUGAAGAAUAUGAGAUUCCUAAGAGGAUCAUUGUGCAUUACCAAUCUUGAAAAUGUGCUGAGGCCAAUGGAAGCAAAAGAGGCAAAUUUAUUCAAGAAACCAUACCUUAAAAAACUUCAGUUGGAAUGGAACUGCCUCGGGGAUAAAAUAGAUGAGCAAGAAGUACUUGCAGGCCUUCAACCUCACGAGAACCUUAAGGAGUUAUCUAUAUCAGGGUACAAUGGUGUCAUGUUUCCUAGUUGGAUAAGUAAUCCAGUGUACAAGCUCACAAAUAUUCACCUUCAUAGCUGUCUGUCUUGCUCAAUUCUCCCUUCUCUUGGGCAACUUCCACUCCUCAAAUUUCUUUGUAUUGAAGAUAUGGCUGGUUUGGUGCAUGUUGACCAUCAUUUUUGUGGCUUCGGUAGUAUUAAAGGGUUUCCAUCACUGGAGUCACUAAUAUUCCAGGACAUGCCAAAUAUGACCACAUGGAGAGGAUUGAAUGGAGAUGAUUUGCCUUGCCUACGUGAGCUCACUAUGAGUAAUUGCUCAAGGCUAACCAGUUUGCCAUCACUUCACAACCUCAAUUUCCUCCAUAAUUUAAACAUUGGCAGCUGCCCAAGACUUCAAGCAUUACCAGAAGAAGGAUUACCAGAGUCUCUUCAACUCCUGAUCAUUGUUGACAGUGCCAUCAUCAAAGAAAGGUGCAGAGCUGAUGUGGGUGAAGAUUGGCACAAGAUAAACAGAAUACCUAAGAUAGAGAUUGAUUAUGUUGAGAUUCCCAUAGUGGUGCAUGGAGUUUAAGGUUGGCUGAUUGGUCUCUGUAUUCAUAGUGCUUCGGUGAUGGUAACAUGGAGUGUCUGGGAGCCGGGUCAAGUGAAGGAAUCAUGUUUUAAAUGUCAGAAGCAAAGUGCAAAUUUUUGUUAGUUAAAUCCAGAAUUUUUCUCUAUACAACAGUGAAAUGCAUGUUCCUGAUACGAAUGGUGCAAGCAAAAGAGAAAGCCAGUUCAUGGAGGUUAUGGCUACCUUUGAACAAUACGAAACAUCCCAUCAGGAAAAAGAGGCAAAACAGGCAGCAGCACAGUUCUACAAGGAGGGGCAGCAAAAUUUGACACUCUGCAGACUGUUCUGAGUGGAAAUGUACACUCCUUUCAGUGGUUUGAUUGAUGAGUUACAGUGCAAAGAGAUUGACUGAGUUCAUCUAGAAAAUAUCAAAGAUUAUGGCACUUCAGAAGAAGUGGUUCUGCUUUGAAAGGAAUUGGGCAGAUAUAGAUGAUAUAUCGAGAUAAUCUUCAGAAUCACAACUUAGUGGUCUGGUAAAUAGGCCAUCCAAGGGAAUUAAUGGUGUCACGAGAACCAGUAAACAAUUUGUGUUAACCAUGUCUGUCUCAAGAGUGGUCUUGCCUGCCGGAAACUAGAUGUCAGUGCUACCAUUGGCAUAUGAGAGAACAAACCAGAAGUCUUUGCUCAUUGCUGUAAUGUGUUCCCACUCUGCAACCUUCUGUCCACCUCUAGUAGAAACUUUGUAGAUCUUCCUGCUCUGUUAAGGUUUUAACAUUUGAAGGAAAAAGGUUCUUCUUGCGAAAUUUCAGGUGAGAUCAAUUGAACAUCCUCUUAUAUCUGAUCUGUGGUAUUAUGUUGUCGCCUAAUCAGCAGAAGCAGUUUAAUUUUUUUCCUUCAAGUUAUUCACCUGCAAAACUCAUAGUCAAACUUCGUUAUAACAUAGUUGAAUAUACAACAACCCCUUGCUGGAAUCAGGAAUGGUAGUUUGUUUUUUCUCCCACACUUGGUUGUGUAAGUUCCCCAAAUGACAUAACAUGCAUUUCGUGGACUCCAUGAGAAGGGAUACAGUUUGCUGAUCCUAAUUGAUGCUCAUAAUUAAUCUCAUGCUUUGAAGAACUAUUGAAAUUCAUUUUUUUAUCUUAGUUGAAUGAAGGCACUGUUAUAUCUGAUUUACUGGUUAUGCAAACUGAGCCUAAUACCUUGGUUGGCAUCAUAGCUUCAUCUUCUUUCCAAGGAAAACUAAAAAUGUAAACUCAGGGUUAGUGCCACAUAAUACAUGUAUUCCUGCGCUUAUAUCCUAAAUGCUUUCUCUAUUUCUUUCUUUUCUAGCAUCUUCAACUCUAUCCUCUUAUCUCAGUUUCUCCCUGCGUCUUCCACACUGUUCUCCCCUCCAUAUCCAAACUUCUAGUGCAUGUUUUUUUCUUCUUUGUGUUUUGUUUUAUUAUUAAUGUGUAUUCUUCAUUGUUGGAGGGAAUAAUGAUCAAAGAAUGGUAAACUGUAUGCAGACAAGGCGGUCUACACUAACAUGUAUACCUAUCAGAUGUAAGCUCAAACAAAGAUACUCGCGCUUCUGUUUAGCUUUUAUUGGUGAAAGCUUGAAAAGACUAUGUGAAUAAUGAUAUUCUGGUUACUCUUCAAUCCCUUGCACUGACAUACACUGGAAAUAAUUUGAAAGCAAUUAAUACUACUUAAGGUAUACAUCACUUUUCAUGAUCCACAAAUUCAAAAAGCAGUAUAGAGGAGCACCACUGGACAGCUAACUAAAUAUCUCAUUGCAAUUGCAGAAGAUUCAUGCAGGUAUAAUUAAUAAUGCAUAAGCUUUCCUAUCUAACCCAAUGUAUUCUCUCUGUUUCCAUACCUCUCUAUGCUCUCUUUCCAAAGGCAAAUGACAGGUGAGGAAAAGAGCAACUCAUCGAAGGAACUGGUGCUGAAAAAACUGAUGCAAUAAAUACAAGCACAAGUUUUGAAGUCGAAUAACUCAAAUUAAUGAGGAUAAUCAAGAACAGGACGAAAGCACACUGUGUUAAUCACUAAGGGGGUUCGGAAAGGGUUCCAAAGUUGUAUGUGGUUUUAUCAAGACAAUGACAGACAAAACAAUGCUCCAAAAAUGGAGCCAUCAGAUCAGCGCAAGAUUGGUCCAAAUGGUAGUUUGUGAAAGCCAAGGGACUUAAAUUCUGGUGUAUCUACUUAGUGUAUCUACUUUCACUUUGGGGAGCUGCUGUUCAGCUGUAGCAAUUUCAGUAAAUUUUAGGCAGCAAGGCAAUUGCAAAAGGCAAGGAUAAGUUUGCAGUUGAAGGAAUUCAUUGGUGAUAAUUCAUGUCAUCAAGUUGAAACUGCACAUAGUGUUCACCAGGAACAAUGUUAUAUCUUUUUUAAAGGACAACACAGAAGACUUCCUUCAAAAAGAAAGGACUGGGAAGAUUGAGAUAACGUGAUUGAGCUUCAGUGAGUUAUUUUCAAGGCUGUUAUCUAGAGGUGGCAAUAUGGAUAUAUGGUUCAUUAUUGGUUUUGACUUAAUGGAUGGUGGAUGAAAUUUAUCCAAUCCAUUUAGAUCCAUUUAAAUCCAUUUAUUUAAAUGGAUCUAAAUGGAAAUGGAUCUAAAUGGAUGGAUCUAAAUGGAUUAAAUAAAAAUCAAUUAUCCAUUUAUAAUCCAUUUAAAUAUUUUUGUUACUUUUUUUUUGUAUUACCAUUUCUUGUAAUAUGAAGAUACUUUUUUAUGUACUUGUAAAUUUUAGGUGUAUUUGGAUGAGAAAGAGG